AUGGGGAACCUGCAGCAUUCGAUCCGGCUGGAGCGAUUCAAGCACCAGGGCCGUGCCCAGCUCGAGUCGCAAAACCGGAGCCUCUUUUGGCAGCAGUGCCUUCGCAUCGACUGCCUUCGAGAGGAUGAGAACCAGGACUUGUUCAACUGGCUGUUGCAGCUGCCUUUGGAUGAUGGGCGGGUGGUCCAUGCUGAAGCUUGCAUUCAGAAGGAUCUGGACCGCGUGUUCCCGCACUGCUUUGGCCAAGGGAGGGAAGAGUACCGGCAGAAGAAGUACUCGGUGCUUCUGGCAUAUGCGAAGAGAUGCCCAGAUGUAGGCUAUGAACCUGGCAUACACUUCAUUGCUGGAGUGCUCCUUGCAGUGAUGGAUGCUGAGAAGGCCUUUUGGUGUCUUUGCUCCAUUGUGGAGAGGAUGCUGCCUUCUGGCUUUUUUUGCGCCAACCCUUCCGGGCGAGACCAUGACUGUCGCACAGAGAUCGAACUCUUCCACCAGCUCUUGUGCACCGAGUGCCCGGACCUUGCUGCGCACCUGGGGCAGCUGCGUACGUUGAUUCGCUUGUUGAGGGCCCCAGAGCUGCAGAUAGCGCAGGUGCCAGAGGUCCGAGCGUGGACCUGGGCCUUUCUGCAGCUAGCGAAGCUGGUGCAAGGCAAGCUUGAGCCCUUCGAGAAGAUGAAUGUGAUCAACUUCUUCGUUUUGCGCGCAUGGCUGGAGAAGGAGAAUGUUCCAAUGGCCGGCUACGCAGAAGGGGACGUUGCAGUCCUCAUGCCGCCCUUCUUGAAGUGGGGCUGCCAAGGCGAAAUCGUCUGGCGCCUUUACUGGUACAGGGACAUACCCUGGAAGCCGUUCAGCUACGACGCUAUGGCUGCCAUGGGUGGUGUUCUGAGCUUGGAAGUGCUGAAUGAUUUCACCGACUACAAUUUGGCGCUCUACGAGCCACAGAACUUUUGGAUGCAGCGUGCCAUUGCACGACAUUCGUUUGUGAGCAGCAUCAACCAGAUGGAGACAUGGUACAUGUACGCCAUGGCCAGCUUGGAUGAGCAGGGUUUGCCUUGGUCCGAUGGCCGCCCGUGGAACGUGCAAUAUGUCAGGAAACCACCAUCCAUGGAGCGAGAACCCAUGCAGAUGGUGCCGUAUGGGGGCGAAGACCUGCCGCACCCCAACGCCACCAUUCCGUCAGCCAAAGGCCUCCGGCUGUGCAAUGGCUGGUUUCCACACAACGGCACAGUCCUGGAUUCCGCCCAUGGCUGGGAAGCGGACUCGUACAAAUGCAGUGGUGCAGAGGGCCCUUCAAAGGUAGUGGUCAAAGAGAACCAUUCUUUCGAAAUCAGCACUGGCCCCUCCAGACUGCGCAACCUGCAUUUCCAAGGCAAUACAAAGUUCAGGGCGAAAGAGCUUUUUCAGCCUUUGAUGCCCUGGCUGAAACCACCAACCACAACCACCACGACGACCACAAGCACCACCGGCACCACCAGCACCACGACUACCACGACUACCACCAGCACCACCAGCACCACCAGCACCACCAGCACCACCAGCACCACCAGCACCACCACACCACGACUACAACCAGCACGACAGCCGCCGCUGUCCCUGCUGAAGUAG